ACCGCUUAAUAGAAACAGCGUCGAUGACAUACUCGCGUCUUUGUCGACGCCUGUUUUAACCUUCACAUCGCACGCGACUGUUUCCAUAGCACUGCAGCGGGUGACACCCACUGCAAGAACUGAUCCCUCAGCCAUCCCAUUCUUCUGCAGGAUGACGGCCAAUGUCCUUGCCAUCCUGUACGGCUAUAUCGAUCGAUUGUCUGAACAGGAUCUCUGGGCCUUGGACGACGAGCACAUAGACUGGCUACCGAGGCUCGGCGUCAUGCCAGGAGCGGCCGCCCAAGAACUACGUAACGUGCUGGAAGGCCCUUACAACGUGCUUCAAUGCCUGGAGCGCAUCGCCUGGUUAAUGUGUUGGCUGGUCCAGAGGAGGAAGGUUCGGCCAUGGCUGCUCUACCGUUUCGGUGCCUCAUUCUUGCGGGCCGACUACGCGGCGGUUAUCCAGGUCGUGGCGAGUAUAAUCCCGCGCCGUGGAUACCAUAUGACAAUUCAAGCGAGACACCAAGCAGGAACCUACUACGUCUGCAUGAUAAACGGGGACCCGUAUCCAGCCGCGCUGGGACACGUAGUUAUUUGCUUGGUCUUUUGGCAUGGCUACCCCUUCGCGGCCGCGUACGUUGGCCGAGUCCGCCAUCAACGCGAGCUCGCUGACGCCCUGCAUGAAGCCCUAGACGGCGAAACCGUGGAACUCUUAGAAGGCCUUCAUGCAGACCUUGAUAGCGCGUUUCGGAUGGGCUGCCGAAAUUUGUGCAAUACGGUCAUAUAUCGUAGAAUUUCUUUCCCACCUCUCCGAGAACCGCUUUCAACGUGUUUCCUGCCACAACAGCAUUACCCUAAUGUACCGGGUGGACACCAUGGCGGAGUCCCAUGACAAACGAAGAAAAAGUGCAGAGGGCGGCACUUGUUGGCGUUACGUAUCUGGAAGCAGGGACUUGACACGCUGCACGCUGUGCCUCGCAUCGGAUUUGUAGAAGACAGCCCUAAGUGAUUCUAGGGCGAGACUUGUCAAGCGCCGGGUCUGCAUAUGACACACGCUGGAUGCUACAGUUACGCCACGAGUGCAUGAGUAACGCUUCGCAAGCCAAUUGCACUGAAGAACUACUACCGGAACCACGCCAGCUUUCAUAUGGCACGACUGGUUUACUUUUUUGUCAAGAGCUCCAAUACUGUGUGACAUUGUGACUGGAACUUGUGUGACGCGGCCUAGAGCAAAAUAGCGUGUAUGAUCAGCUGCACUGUCGAAACCAGACACUACAAAGAACAGUCCGAUUCCCUCACGUACUCUUCGAAUAGCAAGGCGCGCUUCAACGGCGGUGUUGCUAAAUGUGGGGCGUUUGCGCACGAGGUGCGUAUUUGUGACGUCGCCGCGAAGUUAAGCGGCUAAAUAUGUGAAAAAGUGACAUAUGUGAUACCAACAUGACCAUGCUUACUAGCUCGUUUUAGCUGUGACAAAAAAUUAAAGAAAAACUUUCAUUACAACCAUGAGACUGCCGUGCACAUUGUGAGGCGAGUGGUGCUAUAAUUUGCGGGCUUUAAUGGUCUAAUGCGACAACCAAGCUCCCACAAUGGCAGUAGUGAAAUGCAAGGCAAGUAAGUAUUCCCUAUCACUUAAGUCAGUUGUCGUGCCGGCACAUUUUUUUACGCUUCUCUACGUUCCUCCAUACGAAUGCGGUCCCUGGGGCGGCAGUCAAACGCGCGACCAUUGCACUAAGACUGACUACACGUACGGUUGGUUAAAGAGUACGGUCGUUCGAGUAACAAAAACGAAGACAACUCGGAGAUCAAAACAACGGGAGAAAGGCGUUCUCAGAAUGAACAAGCAAUCCCUCGUUUAUUACUUCGAAAAGGUGCUCUUCGAAGAUGAUGCUUCAAGUGGGGUAAGAAUAAGCAUAAAGUUUGGUUUAGCACUUCGAAGAGCGCAGACGGUCACAGGCACGAAGUAAAAUGUAUGGAAAGAUCCAUUCACCUAUCUUGCGUUGCAUUUACUGCACCAAAGCCUGGA